AUGGCUUUAUAUCCGGGAGUGGCGGUUAUCACUGGUGCCGCAGGCACAGGAAUCGGGGCCGCCACGGCCAAAGCGUUUGCUGAAGCUGGAUGCAAGAGGAUUGCCAUCACUGACCGUAACGCAGAGCUACUCGAACAGACAAAGCAUGCCAUCUCCUCUGCUUGGCCCGACGUCAAAGUCUACUCUGAGCCGGGGGACAUCUCCGUGGAAGAUUUUGUCAAUGGAUUCAUGAAGCAUGUUGUCGAUACGUUUGGCUCCAUCGAUUAUGCAGUCAACUGUGCCGGUGUCUUGGGACAGAGUUUGAGGUCGCACGAGAUGGACGCUGACGAGUUUGACCGCAUCAACUCGAUCAAUUACCGUGGUUGCUGGCUGUCGUCCCGUGCAGAAUUGAGGCAGAUGGUGACACAAGACCUUCCGGCCGGUGAUGAAAGUGGCAGAGCGCCGCAACGAGGUGCCAUUGUCAAUAUCGCCAGCCAGCUGGGAAUUGUCGGACGGCCCACAGCUCCCCAUUAUUGUGGAAGUAAAGCCGCCGUUAUCUCAAUGACACAGUGUGACGCGAUCGAUUACUCUAGAGACCAUAUCCGGAUCAAUUGUGUCUGUCCAGGUAUCAUCGAGACGCCCAUGACCACGUCCGACCAAUUCACCAUUGACCGAUUGAAGCCCGCAAUUAAUAUUGCACCGAUGGGACGAAUGGGCAAGCCACAAGAAAUUGCAGAUGCCGCUUUGUUUCUAUGCUCCAACAGAGCUAGCUUUGUUCAAGGGCAUGCAUUGGUGGUAGACGGCGGCUAUAUCAUCAACUAA